AUGGGCCCCUGUACCGCCUCCUCAUGCUGCUGCCAGGCCCGUAAUCUGCCAUGGGCCCCCGUACCGACUCCUCAUGCUGCUGCCAGGCCCGUAAUCUGUCAUGGGCCCCUGUACCGCCUCCUCAUGCUGCUGCCAGGUCCAGAGUGUCUCCUGGGUCCCUGUACGGCCUCCCAUUGCUGCUGUCUCCAUCGCCACACUCUGCCAUGUGCCACUUUCAGGUCUCCUCACACUGCUGGUGGGUUCCAUUUUGUCAUAGGGUGCUGUAUGGCCUCCCAUUGCUGCCCCCCACCGCCACACUGUGGCUCCACACUCUGGUUUUGGCCCCGUGACUGCCCAAAUGAGUGAAGUGUGCGGUGAUUCUAAGAUCGACGGCACUCAUCUGCAUGUCAUACUGACUGACAGUAUUAUUUCUCUUCCCCAGCAGACUCCAAGGGCAUUUAAAUUAACGGUACAGUGUUCUGCACUAAUAUAA